GACAUGGGCUCACUGAACGAAAUCACAUCCGACUUCGAAAUUGACAUUCUAUUCACGCAGUUGUGGCGGGAUGAAUCGCUAUCCUUCUCUCAUAUGUUAGCGUGCAAAAGGAAUAUCACGAUGGAGCCACGUCUGCUCCAACGAAUAUGGACGCCUAACACUUGCCUGAUCAACUCUAAGCGGACCAUGAUUCAUGCUUCACCUAGCGAAAACGUGAUGAUUAUUCUGUAUGAGGUAAGAAGUUAUCCUAAGUUCUUUAGCGCACAUAAAGCCUUGUUACCUGAGCUGAAACGAAAAGACAUGCGCAAAAUUAUCUUCGUACUUCCUUCUUUGAAAAAAUGUCGUCUCACCUCGCAAACUAUGUAA